GACGGCAAGGACCCGUCGGCGCCCGGGGGUGACCCGGAGAAGCGCGCCGCAGGGAGCCCGAGGCGCCCGCUCGCAGCCGCGGAGGCGCCCCCGGAGGCGCCGGCGGGCUGCGGAGAGGCGCCCGCAGGCUGCGGAGAGGCGCCCGCGCAGAGGCACGCCGGCGCCGCAGACGACGCCAGCGCGGCCACGCUGCCGGACGUGGCCCUGGAGCGCCGCGCUCGGCGUCGCCCGAUCUCCAGCGGCGGGCCACUCCUGCUCGGCCGGGGCGGCCGCCCGCCAGGCAGACCGCCGGCGACGGCACAAGCGAUGAGGAGAUCAGGCAGCAGCGAGGCCUUUGCGCGGUCGGCGGAGUUCUCCCUGUCGGGGUCCUUCGAGCAGGGCGUGCCCGCCUCCUGCAUCGGCUGCUUCGCGGUUGUGCCGUGCAGGCCGUGCUCGAGUUCGCAGCAGCCGAGACCCGCGGGCGCGGGGUGGCCGCCCGCACGCAAGGAGGGCGCCCCGAGUUAUCGGAGGACCACGGUGUCCCUGUAG